AUGAACAAAGCUCAUCUACCCAAAUUGAAAACAUUUAUGGACAAGAAGUUAUUGAAGUGAAAUGGUGGCAGAUAUGUCUAAGGAAUAUUGCAGGGAUUUGAUCGCUUUAUGAAUCUUGUGAUGGAUGAAUAUGUGAAGAUGGCAAUUAGUGGGCAACAGAACAAUAUUGGAAUGGUGGUUAUAAGAGGAAAUAGUCUCAUCAUCUUAGAAGCCUUGAAAUGA